CUUCCAAGGUUCUCUGUGACACCUUUUUCCCCCCUCCUUUUCUGUAAGAUGUGAUUGGAUUCCUGUCUUCAAUCCCCGGUGGACUAUGACGACAGCCGCGAGGUCAGCAUGACGACUGCUGCUGCUGCUGCUGCUGCUGGGGCUGGGGCUGGGUUGCUCUUGCUGCUUCGCAAUGGUGGUUUCAGCUGAGUUUGUUGAAUGUUGCUGCGCUUGCUGAGUCUUGCUGACCUCGUAUAUAACCUCUGCCUUCCUCUCCACCCUAAACCUGCCACUCCCUUUCCAUCCCCGCACUACCGUCCUUAUCGAUAAACAUCACUUAUCGCUUCUCAACACUACUACCAUCACUAUUCAAGUGCUCGGUGCUGGGAACGUUUUUCAAAAUGAUCGAAAGCUUCAUUACGGCGACCUUCUCGGAGCCUAGUCCGACCUCGGUGGCUCCCAUUCCCACCGUGGUGCCAGGCAACGAGCCCAUCUUCCAGGAAAUUCACGAUACGGGCAAGCGGACAUUAUGGGUUGUCACCGUGCUCAUGGCCCUAUCCUCCUUGGUCUUCUAUGUCUUGGGCGCUCGUGUACCCCUGACUAAACGCGUCUUCCACACUCUCGUUUCCCUCGCCGCCACCACUUCCUUCAUCAUCUACCUCGCCCUGGCUACCGGCGGAGGCAUUACCUGGAAACUCGACACCGUUAAGGUGCACAACAAGCACGUUCCGAACACCCACCAGGACUACUUCCGUCAGGUGCUAUGGCUGCGCUACGUACUGUGGUUCCUGACCGAGCCUCUCCAGCUCUUGAGCCUGGGGCUGCUGUCCGGCCUACCCGGUGCACACCUGCUCGUCGCCAUCGCCGCGGACUUCGUCAUGCUGGGGUCCGGCCUGCUCGGCACGUUUGCGGGACACACCUCGCGCCGCUGGGUGUGGUUCACCAUCAGUGCCAUCGGGUACCUGACAACCGUCUACCACAUCAGUGUGAACGGAGCCCGCGCCGCGAGCAACAAGGACAACCAGACCCGCAAGUUCUUCGGAACUAUUUCGGGCGUGACCCUGUUGGUCAAGGUUUUAUUCCCUGUGACCAUCGCUGCCGGUGCCUUGGCUCUUAAGAUCAACGUCGAUUUGGAGACUAUUUUGUUUGCCAUCUAUGAUAUCUUCUCCCAGGGGUUGAUCGGGUACUGGCUGAUUAUUGCGCAUGACAGCGCCCCCGGAAUCACUCUAAACGUCGACGGCUUCUGGUCUCAGGGUCUCGGAAACGAGGGCGCCAUCCGUAUCGGUGAGGAUAACGGAGCCUAAAUUGCGUCAGAGAAUAUACGUGCAAAUUCCGGCGGUGUCUACCGAUAGCUCCGGCGGAAAAUGGAUCUUCGUGUAAGAAGAUAUGUAAACACGGCAACUUGAUAUGACUGGGGGGAUUGCAAAGCUGGGCUAACCUGGCAUCAUGACUUGACGUAGUGUUAUGUUAAACCCAAAACUUACGGGUCUAAUUCUUAGGUACUAGGAGGGAUUGAGUCUGCAAAUGAGAUGGGAUAAUGGACACAACGGGUCGGAUUAGCGGAGAAAUGGACAGAAUCCCAUGUAUGCUUUAUUAAGGAUAUGGAAUUGUCAUUCCGAGUUCUCACGGCGGUUGUUUGAAAGAUGAUUGAUAGCAGGCAACGGGAUCAUGUGUAUUCGCAGGUUGCUAUAUCCAAUUCAAUUGAGAUCCUAUUUCCUGCUUGAUAACGGUGAGGUAGUGAAGAUGGAGAUAUGUAUCACGGAGAAACCUCCCUACUCAGCUGGAGAGCCGCCAUUGCUUCUGC